CACUUGGUGAAUUAGACUAUUAUUACUCGUUCCCUCCACUUAUAUGUCACGCACACCAUAUACACGAUAAAAGAACAAAUUUUCAACCAUUGUUUAAUAUAAAAAACAUGAAAAAAAUUUCGAGUUCUGCACAAAAAAUAACCUUAAAAUUUUCCGAAACAAAAUUCCAAGUCAAUGACCUAAUGACAGCAAUUAAAUUACAGAUUAUAAAUACAAAUGGCUGCCGAAGAAUGUAAGGAGGUUUUAAAGACACAAGCAGUUGAGUAAUGAGUGUUAAUAAAAUGUAAAACUCUUGUGGAACCCCAACUAAAAGUGAAAAGGAACGAACGAAUGCUCGAACGCAGUUUACUUCCGAUAGCCCAGUUCGCGCGUCAAGACGUCUCACGCAAAUAAACAAAAAUAUAAGUGAAACAAAACAAAAAAAAAUAAGUGUCAAAUUUAUACAUAUUAAAAAAAAUGAAGUGUAAUAGAAACCAGUGAAAUGUGUAAAUGUGUAACAGAAAACAGACUCGAUGGAACGAGUGUGGCGGGCAAAUAUUAUAAUAUUAAUAAAAAAAACUUCAAAACUCGCAGAAGAUUCCGCGGGAUUUUCGAUAAUACAAUGUUUUUGAGAACUUCACUGUUUAUUUUUGCAUUUUUAAGUUGUUUUUUUAAUGUUAUGUGUGUUGACGAUGAUGUAUUGACGUUACAAGGCGGUAUAGAUGAGAAAGAUGUUGAUUUACCAUCGGAUCGAAGACGGCCCGUUAAUGAGCAAGAGAAAGAUAUUUUAAUGCUAGGGGCUCUAGGGAGGCGUAAAGGGUCGUAUCACAAUGGCUACGGUUCCUCCCAAGAAGAUGAUUCUAUCAUGGAUUUGUUGGGGAAAAUGAUCCCCCAAACUUGCCGCUACCGGGGCGCUCGAUACCCAUGUGGGCUGAGUAUAUCCUGUGUCCUGGGGGGAGGGAAGCCACUAGACUUAUGUUCAGGGGGCAUGAUCUGGGCUUGCUGUGUAGACAGAGAGACCACUGAGCGACCCACUGAGGUAGCACCCGUUGUUCACAAUGCUAGUGAUUUAAUCGAACUGAUCGGAACAUUCCCACAUGAAAACUACGAUUAUCAAACCAACACAAACCAAUUCGAAGACCCAAUUAUCAUUUACACUGACUCCAAGCCGGAUUACCAUCAAAAACCGGACACAAACCGCCCAGAACUGGAUCAGACCGGUAACAACCGGCCGUCUUGGAACCAAAAUCAUUUUUACCACGUAAAGCCCUCAUACCAUGAGAGUACGACGAAAAAACCUGAUGAUUUCUAUCAUGACGGGAAUAAUAUACAGGGUGAUGAUGAUUAUGUGCCAGUACACACUAGCAAUAAGCCAACGCGACCUAGUUUCCCGGGUUGCGGUGAGCAUUUCACCCGGUCCAACCGUAUAGUUGGCGGGCAUUCGACCGGGUUCGGUUCCCAUCCGUGGCAAGCUGCUCUCAUCAAGUCAGGGUUCCUGAGUAAGAAGCUGGCUUGUGGUGGAGCACUGAUCUCCGACCGAUGGGUGAUCACUGCCGCUCAUUGUGUGGCUACCACACCAAACAACCAGCUCCGCGUUCGUCUCGGAGAGUGGGACGUGCGGGACUCAGGCGAGAGGUACUCUCAUGAAGAGUUCGCGGUGCAACGCAAGGAGGUCCACCCCUCGUAUGAACCAGCUGACUUCAGGAACGAUGUGGCGUUAGUGCAGCUGGAUAGAGGCGUUGUCUUUAAACAACAUAUUUUGCCUGUAUGUCUUCCUCAAAAGCAGAUGAAGUUGGCUGGAAAGAUGGCCACCGUCGCCGGAUGGGGACGAACGAGACACGGGCAGAGUUCCGUACCUUCUGUGUUACAGGAAGUGGACGUAGAAGUAAUUCCCAACGAGCGCUGCCAGCGGUGGUUCCGAGCUGCUGGGAGGAGAGAAACCAUACACGAUGUGUUCCUAUGUGCAGGGUAUAAAGAGGGUGGUAGAGACUCUUGCCAGGGCGACAGUGGAGGCCCUCUGACAAUGAAACUGGAGGGGCGAAGCACCCUCAUAGGCCUCGUUUCAUGGGGCAUCGGCUGCGGCCGAGAACAUUUACCAGGAGUAUACACAAACAUACAGAAAUUCGUACCUUGGAUAGACAAACUCGUAAACCCUUAAAAAAAACUCAAUAAAUUUAAACUAUGUGCCUUUUGCUACAAAUGUAACUUAUUGUAAAUAAAUAGUGUUUUUUUAAACUAAUUUAAAAGUAAGAACAAAAUGAAUGAAACAGUCGUUUAUAUCAUUUUCAGUUUUGAAAAGGACUUGCAGUCAAUUGUUUUUAACGUUGAUCGUUCAAUUUUAUUACAACAUAAAGCUUCGUCUCCGCUAGGAACAU